GUUAGCAUGGCUAGCCGGCUGCUCCUUCAGCAGAGAAAGAGGGAGGGAGAGAGGCGCUUUGUCCCGGCGUGAGACCCGGGUAACAACGAGUACUUCCGCCGAGAUCCCACUCUCAAAGAAGGGGCCCUACAUCAGGGAGAGAGAGGAGGCAGGAGCAAUGGCGAGGGCGAAGAGACGAGGCAGGGAUGAAAAAUGUGGAGGAGAGACUGGGGCAUCGGGAUCAGGAAAGUGUACCCAGGGGAACUUGCCAGUCCAUGUGUCCUAUUUGGGAGCUACAGGAGCGGGAGGCACAGAACCGUCUGCACCGCUUCGAGAUGUUGGCCGGCACAGAGCGAGACAGACGACCCAGGGCAGACAGCUUGCGUGCUGUGAAGGAGUACACCAGACCAGCGGCGGGGAAGGACUCCACCCGACCCAGUGACCUCCGUCCACCCGCUGUGCUGCUGAAGACUGUAUGUUAUUUAGUUGAUGAGAUUGUUGUGUCUCCCAGUCUGCAACCUUGGACAGACGUGUAUGACUUCGUCUUUGACCGGCUGCGUAGCGUGAAGCAGGACAUGAUCAUCCAGAGGGUGUCUGGGCCGGACUGUGAGGUCAUUCUCGAGCGGAUUGUGCGUUUCCUCAUUUAUUCCUCCGUACGCCUGUGUGGCGAGCCCCUGCGACUCUACGACCCACGUAUCAAUGACACACACCUACAGGAGUGCUUGAGCUGGCUGCUAAACUGCUACGCUGCCGGAUCAGGGCCGCAUCCCAACCAGGAAGACUUCCAGGCUCUCGGCCUGCUGUACAACUUAGGUUCCCCUUGUGCCAUGCAGCACACCAUCAAGCUUCCGAAGCGGCUCCGCACUUCCCCCUCUGUCAGCCUCGCGCUGUCCAUCAACCAAGCCUUCCUGGAGCGGAAUCCUGUUCGUCUGAUCCGUUUGGCCCGAAAACUGAAUUUCCUGCAGAGCUGUGCCCUCCACCAGCACCUUGGGGUGUGCCGCAAGGAUCUGCUGCUGAUCUACAGCCAUGGACACAGCAGCCGCAACUGUCACUUUCCCCUUGACCGACUGGCUGGACUCCUGUCCCUGGACGGGUCCCUCACAGUUCAGCUCUGCCAGGCUCACGGAGUGGAAGUGAACCAUAAAAACCAGGUGGUUUUCUCCAAGACUAGUUUCAUGGAGCCCGAACCCAGGAAACUGCACUGUGUGCUCUAUCAUCAAAUCAUAUCUGAGAAGCAGAGAAACCUCAGUGUUGGGGACAUUAUUCAUGGUUAUGCUUGAGUUGAAUGAACAUAGAGUGGCACGGUGACCCAGUGGUUAGCACUGUUGUCUCACAGUAAGAAGGUCCUGGGUUCGAACCCAGGGUAGUCCAACCUUGGGGGGG